AUGGAAGCUCAACGUGAACAAGAAGAACCACUUACUGUGGACCAAGAAUAUGAACUUUGGAAGACCAAUGUGCCGUUAAUGUAUGAUUUUGUUAGCGAAACAAGGCUAACAUGGCCAUCGCUUACUGCUCAAUGGCUUCCAGGUUCUGAAGAAGAUACCAGACAGUAUAUGAUUCUGGGGACUCAUACAUCUGGAGAAGAGGUUGAUUAUUUGAAAGUUGCAGCUUUAGACCUCCCAGAUGAGGUAGUCACCGGUGAAGCAAAUGAUGAUAAUCGUAGAACUAAAUCAAAUAUCAAAAUUGUUAAAAAAUUCGAACACGAUGGUGAGAUAAAUAGAGCUCGUUACAUGCCCAAGGAUUCAAACAUUAUUGCUACCAUUAACGGUGAAGGUAAUGUUUCAAUUUAUGAUCGUUCGAAAAGUAGAAGUGAUGGUUUGAGAACAACUUUAAAAUAUCAUAAGGAGAAUGGUUACGGCCUUUCUUUCAAUCCAAAUGUUAGCAAUGAAUUGAUAAGUGGAUCUGAUGAUUUUACUAUUGCCUUAUGGGAUAUUGAUAGCGGUUCUAAAUCUCCAAAAUCGGUUUGGGAUAAUAUUCAUUCCGAUAUCGUUAAUGAUUGUUCUUGGCAUCAUUUCGAUGAGAAUUUAUUUGGGUCUGUUUCUGAAGAUUCAACUCUAAAACUACACGACAAGAGGUCUACAAGUAAGGUAAUUAACACUAUACAAGCUAAAGCAGCCUUCAAUACUCUGGCAUUUAGCAAGCAUUCUGCAAACCUUUUUGCAGCAGCAGGUUUGGAUACCAAUAUAUACUUAUACGAUAGGAGACAAACAACUAAGCCGUUACAUGUUAUGGCAGGACAUGAAGACGCUAUUACCUGUUUACAAUUUCACCCAAAAGAAGAUGGAAUUCUUGUUUCUGGGGGUGCAGACAGACGUGUUAUAUUAUGGGAUUUGGCUGAAAUUGGUGCUGAACAACAACCUGAUGAAGCUGAUGAUGGUUCCCCAGAGAUUUUAAUGAUCCAUGCAGGUCAUAGAAGUGCUAUUAAUGACUUCACAUUACAUCCUACAAUUCCAUGGUUAUCUGCAUCUGUAGAAGAAGAUAAUGUAGUACAGGUAUGGAAAUGUUCAAAGAACUUAUCCAGAGUUGGAGGCACUCCAGAAAUUGACACCAAAAUGCUCCAGUAA